AUGAAUCUCAGCAUUUCCUUGUCAUUCGCCGUCAUCGGCCUUUGUGCCGUCAUCUACCGCGUGUUGCAGAUCGGCAAGCGGGAUCCUCGCAUGCCGAAAGGUCCCCCGACGGUGCCUGUCCUGGGCAACGCCCACAUGCUCCCAACCACGGGACUCUAUAAGAAGAUGAAGGAGUGGACCAAGAUCUACGGCCCCGUCUUCUCCCUCAAAAUAGGACCCUCAAACACGGUGGUGCUCUGUGAUCGGAAAGCCAUCCACCAGCUUCUGGUAGAGAAGGGAAGCAUCUAUUCCGACAGGCCCCCAAGCUAUGUCGGAAAGUUGCUCACACAGGGCGAUCAUCUCGCCUUAGAGCAGAUGGAUGUGACAUGGAGAGAGAAGCGGAAGAUCAUUUCGCACAAUUUCUCGCCCAAGCAGCUUGACGAGAACCAUUUUCGCGUGCAGGAGGCAGAGGCAACGGUGCUUAUGAGCAAUCUGUGCAAUAACCCCGAUAACUUUUACAGCGAGAUCCGCAGAUACACGGCUUCAGUAGUCACCUCCAUCACGUAUGGAUGCCGGGCCCCAACUUCGGACUCAUUCUGGUGCCAGGGUGUUUACAAUGUCAUGGAUAAGUGGACUGCCGCGAUGGAGCCUGGGGCAAACCCUCCCGUAGAUGUCUUCACGUGGCUGCAAUACAUGCCCUCGUCGUUUGCUUUCUGGAAGCGUCGCGCCAUAGAUGCUGGCAAGACCAUGGAUGGAACAUGGGGCGAGGCACGUCGCCGAGUUGAGGAGCGCCGGGCGAAGGGCGAGAAGCGAAGAUGCAUCAUCGACACCUUACUUGACGAGUACGAGAAAAAGGGGUGGCCCUCAUCGAUCCCCCAACACGCCUUUACGAACCUGCUGGGGGAAAUCAUCGAGGGAGGGGCCGACACAACCGCCGCUCAGCUUCUAACCCUGAUUCUGGCGUUUGCCCUGCAUCCCGAGGUGCAGACCAAGGCUCGAGCGGAGAUCGAUGCGGUCUGCGGUGCGGAAAGAUCGCCGCGAUGGGACGACUUUUCAAGGCUUCCAUACAUCAAUUGCAUCGUCAAGGAAGGAAUGCGAUGGAGGCCUGUUGCCGUUACGGCUUUGCCGCACAAGGUCCGCCAAGACGACGAGUACCAGGGCAUGCUGAUCCCCAAGGACUCCACCAUCUUUAUCCCAACCUGGGCAAUCCACCACAACGAGAACAUCUACAAAGAUCCCGAAACCUUCGACCCGGACAGAUACGCCCAGCAUCCAAGGCUUGCAAACGACUACGCCGGAAGCCCGGACUGGGCCAACCGCGACCACUACAACUACGGGGCGGGCAGGCGAAUCUGUCCAGGAAUCCACCUCGCGGAGCGCAACAUGUGGCGCAUCGCCUCCAAGCUGCUCUGGGCCUUUGAGUUCGCCGAGCCUACGGAUCCCAAGACUGGCGAAGUUAUGCAUCUUGACCCUGAGGCGUACAACCCAGGGAUUCUGCAGGCUCCCCUUCCGUUCAAGGUCAGCAUCAAGCCACGAAGCGAGGCACAUGUAGCGACAAUCCUUCGCGAGCACGAGGGGUCUCUUGAGUUCUUGAGCCAGUAUAGCUAG